GGAUGGGAGUGUGGAUGGGGAGGUGGAGGAUGAGGAGAGGAUUAGGGAGGGGGGAGAAGAGUCCUGAGAAGGAGGGGGGAGGAAGGGGGAUGUUGGUGAAGGGGGGUGCAUACGCAUAAGCAUUUCAAGUGGAGUCCGAGGUUUACGGAUGUUUACAAGAGUGUGGAUGAGGCGGGGCCGGGGAAUGAUGGGUGGGCUGUUAAGGAGGGGCAUACGAGUAUUACGCCUUUGAAAGCCAACUUCUUCCAGGCUGCUACCCACCUUCAUGGCGGAGAGUUGCAACUACUAUAUUCUUACCAUUCUUUUGUUCAGGGGUCCAUCUAGAAGCUCAACUUUUGGUGUCACCGCCGCCAAUGAGCAGGAGCCAACCAACAACACCAAGACUGAGGCAGAGUCGACCAAAACCGAGGGUGCCCCCCCCACGACGACGACGACGACAACUCUCCCGAUCCACCCCCCCGAGGACGCCAAACCGCCAGUCUACGCCCUCGUCAACUACGGCGACACCUACGUCCAACCACUCAUCACCUCGGCCCUCUCCUCCCUCCUCCCGGAGGGAUCACUGACAUACCUCCCCACCCCGUCCACCUGGGACGCCAACACCAACCCGGACAUCUCCCUCCCUUCGCUGCUUCCUUUUCCCGAGGCCAAAGUCCUGCAGAUUAUGCCAUAUGAAUCUCUUGAUUUUGACUACAUCUCCUCCCACCCUGCCACUUCUCUUGUUAAUAGUUACAUGAUCCGCAAGGCGCUCAUCAGGAAGCAUUACCUGGCCAAGACAGUGGAGAACUAUCUCGUCAAGAACCCGGACUCGGUGCUAAAGGAUCAUGUCAGGAGAUCUGAGGCGUUUGAGGUUGAUUUUGCCGAGUUUUUGGACGAUGCCUUGGUUGAAGCGUGGGAUUUGAACGAGAGUAUGGAGAGGAAUGCGGAGAAGGAGGAAGAAGAGGAGAGGGAGUGGUGGAUUUUGAAGCCGGGGAUGAGUGAUAGGGGGCAGGGGAUCAGGCUGUUUAGCACGAUGGAGGAGCUGCAGGGGAUUUUUGAUGGGUGGGAGCCCGAGUCUGAUGACGAGGGGGAGGAAGGGGGUGGUGAGGGGGGGGAAGAGGAGGGGGAUGGGAUCAUGACGAGCCAUCUGAGGCACUUCAUCGCCCAGCCGUACAUCCACCCCCCUUUGCUCCUCCCUAGCAUGGGAAACAGGAAGUUUCAUCUCCGCGUGUAUGCUCUGACCGUCGGGGCGAUGAGGGUUUAUGUUUACAGGGAUGUGCUGGCGCUUUUUGCGAGCAAGAGGUAUUCUUUUCCUCCUGAGAUGGGGGUGGAGGGUCUGGAGGGGCAUUUGACGAAUACGUGUUUGCAGGGCGAGCCGGAGUAUAAUGAUUCUGUGCGUCGGUUUUGGGAUUUGAGUGUUGAUGAUUUGCCGGAUGGGCAGAAGGAGAGGAUUUGGGAGCAGGUUAGGAGUGUGACGGGGGAGGUGUUUGAGGCGGCGGCGAGGGAGAUGAUGGUUCACUUUCAGCCGCUGGAGCAGGGGUUUGAGGUUUGGGGGGUUGAUUUUUUGGUGGAUGGCAAGGAAAAUGUAUGGUUGUUGGAGGUGAAUAGUUUUCCGGAUUUUAAGCAGACGGGGAGGUUGACGGGGGUGGUGGAGGGGUUUUGGAUGGGGGUGGUUGAUAGGGCUGUUAGGCCGUUUGUGACGGGGGAGGAGGGGGAGGAGGUGAAGGGGAUGGAGUUGGUUAGGGAGGUGGAUUUGGGGAGGAGGUUUUAG